UAACGAUCCGUAUCUAUAGUAGUAAUAGUAAUGGGAAUACUUAUUACGACAGCGUGACUCGUGACCAAAUUUUUUCUUUUCAUAUCAUUUCCUCACCGGCAACGCAAAACAAGGCCCACCCCUCUCUCUCUUCAUUCUAACUUCUUUAAUUCCUUUCCAUGACUCGCCUCAGGCGACUCGGAGCCGCCGUCGGAGCGGCCAUGGCCACUGCAUACGGCGGCGCCAUCCUCGUCUCCACUCCGGUCUCUGCCAGCGACCACAGCGUCGGAGGGUCGCACCUCGCCGCCGUUCGGGAGAAGAUCCACGACCCCUUCGCCGUCGUGCCGGCGAGAGAGGUCCAGCGGUCGGCGCUGACCGGCGCCAGCGCCGCGAACCCUCUAGACAUGCUCGUCAUCGGCGGCGGCGCCACCGGCUCCGGCGUGGCGCUCGAUGCUGUCACCCGAGGGCUCCGUGUCGGUCUCGUCGAGAGGGAGGAUUUCUCCUCCGGAACUUCCUCUCGCUCCACCAAGCUCAUUCAUGGAGGUGUUCGUUACCUGGAGAAAGCUGUCUUUAAACUUGACUAUGGCCAACUGAAGUUAGUAUUCCAUGCACUUGAGGAGCGCAAACAGCUUAUUGACAAUGCACCACACCUAUGCCAUGCUUUGCCUUGCAUGACACCUUGUUUUGACUGGUUUGAAGUAGUGUACUACUGGAUGGGCUUGAAAAUGUACGAUUUGGUCGCAGGAGCACGACUCUUGCACUUAUCGAGAUAUUAUUCUGCAAAAGAGUCUGUUGAGCUUUUUCCCACUCUGGCAAAGGAGGGAAAAGGUAGAAGCCUGAGGGGCACAGUUGUGUAUUAUGAUGGGCAGAUGAAUGAUUCACGACUUAAUGUUGGAUUGGCUUGCACAGCGGCAUUAGCUGGUGCAGCAGUGCUGAACCACGCUGAAGUUGUAUCCUUACUGAAGGAUGAAGCCAGUGAACGCAUAAUUGGUGCACGAAUUAGGGACAAUUUAACUGGAAAAGAGUUUGAUACGUAUGCAAAAGUAAUUGUGAAUGCGGCUGGGCCAUUUUGUGAUUCAGUAAGAAAAAUGGCUGACAAAAGUGCACGAGACAUGAUUUCUCCUAGCAGUGGUGUACAUAUUAUACUCCCUGAUUAUUAUUCUCCAGAGGGAAUGGGCUUAAUUGUUCCCAAAACUAAGGAUGGACGUGUUGUUUUCAUGCUACCAUGGUUGGGACGAACGGUUGCUGGAACUACAGAUUCCAACACUAGCAUUACCUUUCUUCCAGAACCACAUGAAGAUGAAAUACAAUUUAUAUUGGAUGCCAUCUCUGAUUACCUUAAUGUUAAAGUCCGCCGCACUGAUGUUCUUUCUGCCUGGAGUGGCAUUCGCCCAUUAGCGAUGGACCCAACAGCUAAAAAUACCGAGAGUAUCUCCAGGGAUCAUGUUGUCUUUGAGGAUCACCCUGGUUUGGUCACCAUUACUGGUGGCAAGUGGACUACCUAUCGAAGCAUGGCAGAAGAUGCUGUCAAUUCAGCUAUAAAGUCUGGGAAGUUGACCCCCGCCAAUGGAUGUAUCACCAACAAUAUCAGGAUUGUUGGUGGUGAAGGGUGGGAUCCUGUUUCCUUUACCAUUCUUUCUCAACAGUAUAUGCGCAUGAAAGUCACAUAUAGGGGUAAAGUUGUUCCUGGUGUGAUGGACACUGCUUCAGCAAAGCACUUGUCUCAUGCAUAUGGAACAUUGGCUGAACGUGUUGCUGCCAUUGCUCAGAAUGAAAAUUUGGGCAAGCGACUUGCCCAUGGUUACCCUUUUUUGGAGGCUGAGGUGGCCUACUGUGCCCGUCAUGAAUAUUGUGAAUCUGCGAUUGACUUCAUUGCUAGGAGAUCUCGUCUUGCUUUCCUGGACACGGAUGCAGCAGGACGGGCAUUACCUCGUGUGAUUCAAAUAUUGGCAGCUGAGCACAAAUGGGACAAGUCAAGGCAGAAGGAAGAGAUGUUUAAAGCUAAAGAAUUUUUGGAGACUUUUAAAUCCUCCAGAAAUGCUCAAUUCUAUGAUGGGAAGCACAAUUAGCUCUGGAUUUGACCAAGAAGGGAGUGACCUUCCAAACAUGGUAUUAUUGCCUAUAGUUUCCGUGGGUCAAUAAAGGAUUGCUGCUACGGUCAGUAGCAUAAUACAUCUCAGAAGUCAAUUAUUUAGUGAAUUUGUCAAAGCUGCCUGGCAAAAUGCUUUCAAAUUAGUGUUUUCUCCCAGUUCUGUGCCACGUUUUUUUGGAGCGAUGUGAGUCACAUUCGUGGGUUGUGGCUGUUGUUGGUAUGGAAGAUAUUAAUAAAAAAGAAGUGUAUGGUGAAAAGGUAAAGAAAGAGAAUGUGACAGAGGACCUCUUGUGAAGAGAUCCUUUUUUUUUUUCUCUUUCAAACAAGUCCUUCGGAAAAAUAUUGUCCAUUUAUUGGUUUAGACUUUUCAUUGUUGUAAAUAUUUGGUGGGACAUUCUGAAAUUAACUUGAAAUAUAAAUAGAUAUAAAUUAAAAUUA